AAUCUCCUCAAGGAAUGCAACAUUGGUUUGUCUGACAAGUCUCAGAUAAGAGCUGAAAAGGUUUCUGGUUUUGUUGGCCUCGGUUUGAAAAAGGGGAUGCUUGUUCCUGUUAGGCAUGUUUCUCGUCCAUGCCUGUUGAAAAUAUGUCGAGUCAAAAGUGAGGACUCAGAAGGAAUUUUAACGGGAGAAAGCAUCAUAGUAGAUGAGCAGACGCUGGAGCGGGAAUUACAGAUUGCAAUAGAAGAGGAGAACUAUACCAAAGCAGCAGAAAUAAGAGAUAGCCUUCGGUCUCUCCAGAGUGACAGCAAGGCUUCUGUGUUAGCAGCUAAUACUCGCUUUUACAACACAUUCAGAAACGGGGAUCUAGCAGCUUUGCAAGCACUAUGGUCAAAGGGUGAUAAUGCAUGUGUUGUGCACCCUGGUGUGAGUGGCAUAUCUGGCUAUGAUCUUGUGAUGGGAAGCUGGGAGUUUGUGUGGGCUGACUAUGAAUUCCCACUGGAAAUCGAGAUCAAGGAUGUUCAAGUUCACGUUAGAGGGGAUGUAGGAUAUGUUACAUGCAUUGAAAUGGUUAAGACAAAGGGUAGCAGCUGGGGUAAACAGUUUGCCACUAAUGUCUUUGAGAAAAUUGAGGGUCAGUGGAAAAUAUGCAUUCACCAUGCAUCAUAUGUUGACUUGUGAAAUGGAUUUUGAGGACGUUAAGGAAAUGUAGUGGGCAUUAGGCAACGGCUUUUAGUAACUGUAAUUCUGUCCAAGGUGUAUCCUCAACUUUGAAUUUUGAUGUACCUGCAUGCUAUCAAAUUUUGCCAAAAAGUUUGUAACAAAUGCGUCUGCCGAUAUGCAGAGGCACAUUCAAGCAUGGUGGCUUAAGUUUUGGUUGA